AUCAGAGAGGAAGUCUUGAGUCUUGACGGUCUGUUGAAACCAGAAGAUAUUUAGUUCAAACUGGGCUCAGAAAGUCAGUCUGUUCUGAACAUCACAGGUUUACAAAAUGAGAGCUGCAGUGAGCUUCAUCCUUCUCCUGAUAGCUUUGCAUCAAGGUGAGGCUCUGGAAUGUAACUUCUGCUUCUCCACUGGAGGGGAACUGUGCACCCCCACCAGCACGCAGAUCUGCUCCAGAAACCAAAAUGCCUGUGCUGCCGUCAUUUUCCAAGGAGCUCUGAACCGUUCGUUUCGUCAGUGCAUGAACAUGGCGGUGUGUCAGGGAUACAUCUCCACUCCUGGGAUUCUGGCUUCAUGCUGCAGCACUGACCUCUGUAACUGAGACCGCCAUCGGAGCCUGAAGACAUUCUGACCUUCCAGCUUCACGCCACUUUGAUUCCUCUGAAGAAAUUUGUUUUUCUGAAGAUGAUUUUUUUUUUUUUCUUUUUAAGGUGGUCAAGUCAAAUUCAAAAUAAAGGCAGAAUGAUUGCAAUUCACAAAGUAACCACUAGGUUUCUUUAGAUCAUAAUCAUUUUGACAGUCUUCCCAGCUGAGAAAUGUUAUAAAUUAAAAAAUGUGGAGGAAACAUUUCCUUAUUACAUAUCCAUCCGUUCUCUCAAUGCUAUUUAACUGAUUGAAAUACAUUUUUUAGAAGUUAAAGUACAAUCAAAUUGUGAAUUAAUGUUCUUAAUAACUAAUCACUAACUUUGAUGUUUGUUUGCAUGUUCUUUACUUAUUUAAGUAAAAAUGACUAAUAAAGCAGAACACUCUUCUCUAAAACUC